UCCCUUGGUUGGGUUCUCCGACACCCUUCUUUCGACAUCUCAGCAAGUUCCUUGUCUGUUCUGCGACACGAAUCGGAAGCUGCGACAAUGAAUUUGGCAUCGGGUGUCGGCGGAAAGCUCGAGAAAUCUGAAGUUCUAUCUGCUGUUGAGAAGUAUGAGAAGUAUCAUGUUUGUUAUGGAGGUGAAGAGGAAGACAGGAAAGCUAAUUACACUGAUAUGGUUAAUAAAUACUAUGAUCUUUCUACCAGCUUUUAUGAGUUUGGAUGGGGGGAAUCUUUCCAUUUUGCACCCAGAUGGAAAGGGGAAUCUCUUCGGGAGAGCAUCAAACGACAUGAGCACUUCCUUUCUUUACAACUUGGUCUGAAGCCUGGACAGAAGGUUUUGGAUGUUGGAUGUGGAAUUGGGGGCCCACUAAGAGAAAUUUCUCUGUUCAGCUUGACAUCAAUCACAGGGUUGAACAACAAUGAGUACCAGAUAGCAAGAGGAAAGGAACUGAAUCGCAUUGCUGGAGUGGACAAGACUUGCAACUUUGUCAAGGCUGACUUCAUGAAAAUGCCAUUCCCAGACAACAGUUUUGAUGCAGUUUAUGCAAUUGAAGCCACCUGCCAUGCACCAGAUGCUUAUGGUUGCUACAAAGAGAUUUUUAGAGUGUUGAAGCCUGGCCAAUAUUUUGCUGCAUAUGAAUGGUGCAUGACUGCUGCUUUUGAUCCAAGUAACGAAGAACACCAAAAAAUAAAGGCAGAAAUCGAGAUUGGCGAUGGACUUCCUGACAUUAGAUUGACCACAAAGUGUCUUGAAGCUCUGAAGCAAGCAGGUUUUGAGGUAAUCUGGGAGAAAGAUCUUGCAGUUGACUCUCCUCUUCCUUGGUACUUGCCUCUGGAUACAAGCCACUUCUCACUUAGUAGCUUCCGUUUAACAGCUAUUGGACGAUUGUUCACAAGAAACCUGGUCAAGGCUCUAGAAUUUGUUAGACUGGCUCCAGCUGGAAGUCUAAAGGUUCAAGAUUUCCUAGAGAAGGCAGCAGAGGGACUAGUUGAAGGUGGAAAGAGAGAGAUUUUCACACCAAUGUACUUCUUUUUGGCUCGGAAGCCUGAUUCAAGCAGUCACUAAGGUGGUGUUGCAAAUCGCUGUUGUAUUCUGGAGUUGUAAAAUUAUUUAUGUUUUUGCUUAAAAAAAAAAAAUUAUUUAUGUUUUGGCUUGCCAAACUGAGUCUUGCUGUUUUGAGUUUCUUUUCUGCGUUUGGGUUACUAAGAGUCUAAGACUUCACAUUGCUUCUUGUUUGGCGAAGCAUUGUUAGCCCCUUGUUUCACUGGAUAAUGCUAAAUUUACUAUGGUUUGUCC